UCGUUAAACUGCAAACUGUCAACGGAAAUUUGUAUUAGGUCAAAAUGACGCCAACAGCAUACGAGCGAAUGCGAUUUGGUUCGAUCGUCGCAUAAACAGUGAAAAAAAGUACGGGUAACCGAACGGGUGUUAAAUAAAACGUUCGUACAUCCAAGUAUACACAGUUUGUGAGAAGAAUCGACACUAAAAGGAUUGCAACCGGGUCGUACACAUCGGAAGCUGUAGGGUUGAUUGCUCUGUGUGGUGGAAACGAUAGCUAACGUAUAUGCAAGAUGACUGCCGAUUCUCGGAAGAUUCGUGUUGCGGUACGUGUACGUCCGUUCAACAAUCAGGAACUGGAGAAAAACCCUCGAAACAUCAUCAAGGUGCUCGAUAAAUCGACCCUUAUGUUCGAUCCGGAUGAAGAUGAGGAUGAGUUCUUUUUCCACGGCGUGAAACAAACGCACCGGGAUAUCACGAAGCGGGUGAAAAAGAAGCUAACCAUGGAGUACGAUGAUGUGUUUGAUAAUACGGCCACAAACAACGAUAUCUACGAGGUGUGCAUGAAACCGCUCGUACAGUCGGUAAUGAAUGGGUACAACUGCUCGGUGUUUGUGUACGGUGCGACUGGCGCUGGCAAAACGCACACCAUGCUGGGCAGCACCGAUUGUCCGGGCAUCACGUUCCUGACGAUGAAGGAAUUGUUUCGCCAGAUCGAAUCACUGAACGACGUGCGGAAGUUCGAUAUCGGCAUCUCGUAUCUGGAGGUGUACAACGAGCUGGUGAUGAAUCUGCUCACUAAAAGUGGGCCGCUCAAACUGCGCGAAGAUGCGAACGGUGUCGUGGUCAGUGGGUUGGUACUGAAACAGAUACACAAUGCCACCGAACUGUUGGAACUGUUGGCACUGGGCAAUCGGAACCGAACGCAACAUCCAACCGACGCGAACGCGGAAAGCAGCAGAAGCCAUGCGAUCUUCCAGGUGCACAUUCGCAUGGUGGAGAAAAAGACCGGCCAGAAGCGCACGGUGAAGCUGUCCAUGAUCGAUCUGGCGGGUAGUGAACGGGCCGCCAGCACGAAGGGCGUUGGCAUACGCUUUAAGGAGGGUGCGAACAUUAACAAGUCCCUGCUAGCGCUCGGCAACUGUAUCAACAAGUUGGCGGAUGGGUUAAAGCACAUCCCUUACCGUGAUUCGAACCUGACGCGCAUCCUAAAGGACAGCUUGGGAGGCAAUUGCCAAACGGUAAUGAUUGCUAACAUAUCGCCAUCCUCGCUAACGUACGACGAUACGUACAACACGCUCAAGUACGCGUCGCGUGCGAAGAAAAUCCGAACGACCGUACGGCAGAACAUUGUGCCCUCGAACGUGCCGAAGGAGUUCCUGGUGAAGAAGGUGAACGAGCAGGCGGAGGAAAUUGAGCGACUGAAGGCGAAGUUAGCCGAUCUGGAGGAACAGUGUCGAAAGAUGGCCCAAACUACUGCCGAAUCACCGCCGGUAGACGAAACGUUGCUGAACGACUGGAUUUCACGUAUCGACAACUGUUACGCCACGAUGCGCGAAGCGCUAGAACGCCUGAUUGCAUUGAAGAGCAAGGAAAAAUUGAUCAACAUGCGUGUUAAGUUGAAGGAACAGGCCGAAGCCAUUGCCCGAGUCGUGACGCUUGAUGGAAGCCACUUGAAUGAGGAUAUUGCAAAGCUGGAAGCUUCUAUCGAUCGCUGUGGCAAACAGGUUGCGAACCAACAGUCCGAUAAAUCACGAUGGAGAGAUCGUCUGCGUCAAACCCGUCGCCUUCGUAAUACGAUACGGGAGGAAGUAAUGCGAAGCGAAUUGGCCAUUGUGUUGAAAGGAUAUCUUAGAGGAAAAGAGGCGGAAAUUGAAGCGGUCACCGCAACGCUCUGGAAGGAUCACGUGCUGCAGAUGUCGUUCACGUACGAUCAGGAGAACAAACUGUGGCAAAACAUCAUGAUGCUGAGUGGAGAUAUUAUACAGCAGAACUAUCUAUUGCUCCGGAGCAUGGACCGGUUGGACAAUAUAACGCUGGACAAGUUGAAGCGAUUGGUGAAACUAAAUCAGCGACAGCGGGGAGUCACAUUUUUCGACGACGAUUGUCAGCAGGAACGGAACGACAUUGAUCUCAGUACCAACAGCCUUGACGAUAUUGCCAAUUUAUCCGACUGUUCCGAGGAUGCUGUUGACUUCCCACCAGACAAUGCAGCAACAUUGGCGAUUGGUGUAGGGGGUGGAACUAACAAACGAGCAAAACUGAAUGAUGGCAGUGAAUCGGAAUCUGAACCCUACUCGACGACGCAUGACAGUGAAAGCAGUGUGGAUCGGAAUGUUUUCAAAAAACCGAAAACAGUAAGCCGCGCGAUUUCGUUCAAGACGCUUACAGCCGGAGUUGUGGGACGACCUCCAAUUUCCCGUCGAACACCGACAAAGCAGACAAAACCAACGGCAACAGCAGCGGCAUCACAACGAUUGAAAGUACCGCGAUUGGUGGUGAAUAAUGGCUUGGGAGCGAGUGCGCCUGUAAGGAAAAGAAUGCUACCAGCCACAGGCCAGGAUCAGAAUAAAUCGGACUCAUCGGAUGAUUCGAAUGGCAUUGGUAAUAUUGCAAACUCCACCUUUGAUAUAGUAACGGCCAAAGACACUGAGGCGGAAUCGUUGUUUUCCAAUGUUCUCGUAGAAUCGAACGUUCCUGCCAAUGUCCUGGACAAAGUGCUUCGUCGUGCUUCUAUCAAGGGUGCCAAAUUGACUGUUUCAGUUAGUAAGGAAAAUCGUAAAAAGAGCCCAAAACGAAUCGGAAAGAGUCCGCGCUCGGUGAAUCGAACGAACAAUCGAACAAAUGCUUCCGCCAGUUCCGUCAUCAAUCGAUACAGAAUGAUGAAAGCAAAGGAUGACUCUACCGGAACGUCGAGUGGUAGCAGCGGCAGUAGUACGUCCUUAGCACCAAAGGUACCGACAGUACGAACCGCCAACAACAAUUUCGAAUCUGACAGUGACCGGAAUCGUCACAAUCGGUUGAUGGGUAUUGUAAAGAAAUAGGCCCAGUUUUUCCCCGUGUCACCCAAUUACUAAGGUGUUCUGAUUCCACAAGCAGGCGCAGAGAGUAACAAGAGCACACGUUUAUUUAUGGAGCGUAUACUAUUUACAGCUUUAUUGCACACUUGUACGAUUCAUGGUGCGGUCCUCACUGUUAUAUAUUUUGUAUUCAAUAUUAGCUAAAGCGGGCAGAAGGGAGACUGCCUACUAGUGUAGUAGAUGGUAAUGACCGUCGUGUGGACGUUGAACGUUUCCAAACUCGACAGUUGAUUAUAAUAAAAGCAAAGGUACGUCUCCAAGCAAA